AUGAGAGCUGUUUUUCACGUACCAGUUUGCGACGAAAGGCUAAUUGAUGGCCGCGUAUGGGAAUGCAAAAAGACUGAUAAUGACCAUGCUGAGCUUAGACCAAGAUCGAACGGCACACCAUCAUGUGAUGGCCACCCAUACGCCUCAGUGUGGAGAGAGGAGACGCUGCAAUUUACUUGUGCUAAAGGUGGUGUGAAAGAGUUCAUGGGUUGCUUCACAUCUGGUAUAUUUGUUCCUAAUGGAGAAAUGAAGUCGGUGGAUGGUUCCAACGUCGAGUGCAAGAAACAUGAGAACGGUUCCAUUACAAUGGAGGUUCGAGAAACACCCAAUAAUACGAAAUGCAAGGAUAGCGGGGGACGUGAGCGGAAAGAAGGCUCUGAGUGGAAAGAAGGAUCGGUGCAGUAUAAAUGUGGUAAAGAAGGUAUGAAGGAGUUGAUGGGAUGCAUUACAACAUCUGGAGUGCUCAUUCUUGAAGAGGAGGUUAAGUCGGUGGAUGGUUAUGAUAUCGAGUGUAAGAAGCGUGCAAACGGUUCCAUUACAAUGCAGGUUCUGGGAAGAUCCAAAAAGAAGUGCAAAGACAGCAGCGGACGUGAGUGGGAAGAAGGCUCUGAGUGGGAAGAAUAUGCGGUGAAGUAUAAAUGUGGUAACGAUGGUAAGAAGGUGUCGAUGGGAUGCAUUACAGCAUCUAGAGUGCCCAUUCGUGAAGGGGAGGUUAAAUCGGUGGAUGGUUAUGAUAUCGAGUGUAAGAAGCGUGCAAACGGUUCCAUUACAAUGCAGGUUCUGGGAAGAUCCAAAAAGAAGUGCAAAGACAGCAGCGGACGUGAGUGGGAAGAAGGCUCUGAGUGGGAAGAAUAUGCGGUGAAGUAUAAAUGUGGUAACGAUGGUAAGAAGGUGUCGAUGGGAUGCAUUACAGCAUCUAGAGUGCCCAUUCGUGAAGGGGAGGUUAAAUCGGUGGAUGGUUAUGAUCUCGAGUGCAAGAAGUAUGCAAAUGGUUAUACCGCAUUGCUGCCUCUUCGAAGGUCCAAAAAGAAGUGCAAAGACAGCAGCGGACGUGAGUGGGAAGAAGGCUCUGAGUGGAAAGAAGGGUCGGUGCAGUAUAAAUGUGGUAAAGAAGGUAUGAAGGAGUUGAUGGGAUGCAUUACGACAUCUGGAGUGCUCAUUCGUGAAGGAGAGCUUAAAUCGGUGGAUGGUUAUCAUUUCGAGUGUAAGAGGCGUGCAAACGGUUAUACCACAAUGCCGGUUCUUGAAAAAUACGAGUGCAAAGGUGAAGUAUGGAGGGAAACACAACGCGUAGAGGGAGAGUAUAGAUGUGAUAGAGGAGGUGUGAGAACGGUGUUGGGAUGCAUCACAGGUGGAACAUACAUUCACGUUAAUUAUCAGGCGCAUGUAUGGGGUGCUAACCAUAAAUGCAUUAGCGAUAUAUACGGUGCAAAACUAGAGCGUCAAUGUAAGUAA